AUGAGUGACGAAUGGUCAGUGUUAUCAGGCGCCUACGAAGAUGUUCUUUUGCCACGAUUUCAACCACUGUAUAACUUCCUUGCCAACUUAAUACUCAAGCACAUAGCAUCGAGUCCUCAGGAAAAGAAGCUCCGUCUUCUUGAUUAUGGAACAGGGCCUGGUGAACCAUUAUUAACGAUUGUGAAGCUAUUGAAAGACAACCAAAUCGAAAAUAUUCAAUACGAAGGAAUGGAUUUGUCAUCUGGAAUGAUUGCAUUAGCGCAACAACGUUUGAAGAACUUCCAGAUUGAUUUAAAUCAUUCAGAUAGCAUCGCCAAUUCAGAGACUUACGCUUUCAUUGUUAGCUCUCUUGUGUUACCAUACAUAUCAAAUAAAAAUCAAUUACUACAAGAAUUUUACCAACAUCUGAAUAACGGUGGAUUAUUAAUAACUUGUCAUUGGUCAAAAGCAAGUCAAGUCGCAUUUCUUAGUAUACUGAAACGCGUCAUUCUAUUUAUGACUAACAAUCAGGAAAGCGUCGAAGGAAACCUCGACGAUGAUUCGUCAUUUUCAUGUGCAAAUGAAGAACUAACGAGGAGUCUGUACGAACAACAAGGCUUCCGAAUACGAGACUGGCUGCACUUCAAGUUGUCCAUGUCAUUUCCGGAUAUUCGAACAUUUCUUAGUUUUGCCCGGGUUGCACCAUGGUUCAACGAUGAAAAUCUAUAUUUGAAGGCUGAAAGUGAAGCCAAACGAAUCUUAACUGAAGAGCAUGGAAAAAACUUCUUUGAAAACAAGUCAUUUCAAUUAGAAAAUGAUGCUGUGAUUAUCAUAGCGACGAAAAACUAA